AUGUUCGCACUCUUGUUCUCUCUCAGCCUCGGUUUGCUGAUCUGCGGCCAAUACGCUGAUGCGCAAGUGCAAGCGCAGGAACCGCUGGGAACAUUCGAUACAGCGGGGGUAGUGUUUGGGAAUUCCACGUCUGGUUGUAAACAGGCCUGCAUACAGCUGCAAGCAACCAGCCCCGCCGAUGUCAACAGCAGCCCCGAGUUCAUCAUCGACCGCUAUUUCGCUCUGCAGCAGCGACAGCUCACGCCUGCCUGCGUGGUCCUGCCGGAAUCAGCGGAAGAUGUUGCGAGGGCAGUGCAGGUUGUCAGGGAGUAUCAGUGCCCGUUUGCUGCGAGGAGUGGUGGGCAUGGGAACCAUGCUGGGGCGUCGAGUAUUGAGGGUGGACUGCUGAUUGAUUUGGGGAGGUUGAAUAGCGUGACUGUUUCUGAGGAUGAGUCUCUUGCGUUGAUUGGCCCUGGGAAUCGCUGGGUUGAUGUUUAUAAGGUGCUUGAGGAGAAGGGGCUUUUGGUUGUUGGGGGUCGCUCGGCGACGGUUGGUGUUGGCGGGCUUUCUUUGGGGGGGGGUAUCUCGUAUCUCUCUCGUCGCUAUGGCUGGUCCGUGGAUAAUAUCCGCAACUACGAAGUCGUCCUGGCCAACGGGACUAUCGCCAACGUGAACAAAGAUUCGCAUCCUGACCUGUUCUUUGCGCUGCGCGGCGGCGGGAAUAACUUCGGUAUCGUGACUCGGUUUGAUUUUGAGACUCGUCGCAUUGGAAUGAUGUCCGGGGGAACGACGAACUUCAUCAUGGAGGAUCUUGAGUCAAGAAAGGCAGCGCUGGGAUUGAAAGACCAGUGGCAGUGGACGACUCAUUCGUUCCUGAGCCACGUUGCCAAGUACCUUUUGAAGGGCCUUGGGGGUUUCGGUCUCGCGACGAAUUCGAAGGAUGUCAUUCGGGAGUUUGUUGCUCUGGGUGAUGAGAGCCAGACUGAUGCCGGGGCGCAUGCGUUCUUGUUCUUCUCCUGGGUGCCUAGCUUUCGCGCUUACUUUUUCGGAAUAACCACGAUGUAUACCACAGUUGCUGGGAGUGGGACUCCUGAACCUGAUCCGCCGGUGUUUCGCAACGUGAGCUCGUUUAAUAAACUGCAUUCAACCAACAGAGUCAGCAAUAUGACCGACUUUACAACAGAACUCGACAGCCAGAACCAAGUGCUCAGGGGGAAACUAAACAUCUGGCGAACCAUCACACUCAAGCUAGACGCUGAUCUGAUUUCAGACGUUUACGACGUGUUUAUCUCCAAUGUGCACCCAUACACCACGACACCUGACGCUCUUUUAUCAUGCAACCUGCAAAUGAUGACAAAGUAUGAGAUUGGCUUGUUUGCCCAAAAUGGAGGGAAUGCAUUCGGAAUUCAUCCAGAUGAGGGCCCAUUAUUCAUAUUCAGCGUCACUUUCUCCCAGGAUGCCGCGGACUAUGAGCACUUCCAAGCUCUUGCGGAUAAAAUUAUAAGCGAUAUUGCUUAUUUAGCCAAGGAGCGCGGCCUCUACCAUCCCUUCAUAUACCAGAACUAUGCCGGCUCUGAGCAGGAUGUCUACGCUGGGUACAGUAAGGAAAACCGUGCCCGAUUGAGGCAGAUUCAGCGGAAAUACGACCCGGAGGGAGUUUUCUGGAAAUUGCAGCCUGGAUACCAUAAAGUGUAA